CUCUCAUUAUCACCGCCCUUAUUGCUUGACAAGCCUUGUUGACCUUUUUUUUUCGGUUUUUACAUUCAGUCUUUUCAUUCGCACGAUUCAUUCUUUACACAUUCCAUCAACCAAGCGCUUUCCUGCCUGUUUAAAAUUUUUGUACCUUAAUUAAAUUUUUUGAAACAUUUAAUUAAACAAACGACAUAUAGGACAGUUAAACUAGUCUUCCAGUUGCCCUGAAAUCCCCCUUCCUUUAACGAUGACCUUUUUUGCUCCAUUAAGAAUGCCGGUCAAACGCCGAGUACAGACAGCGGCGGUCCUGUUUUGGUUUUCAGCCGUCGUUUUCUCGUCAUUACUGUUCUUUUACCUCUGUACAAUCAAAUAUCUGUGGCCAUUAAUCAUCAUCUACCUCCUAUGGGUCCUCAUGCUGGACAGAGCUCCCGAAAGAGGGGGACGUAGAAUCGAAUGGUGGUGUAAAAGGCGGAUCUGGAUCCAUUUCGCUCAGUACUUUCCCAUGACACUUAUCAAAGAAGGGGAAUUGGACCCCUCCAAGAACUAUAUCUUUGGAUAUCAUCCACAUGGUAUUCUUUCUAUGGGCGCAUUUUGCACAUUUGGAACGGAUGGAUUGAACUUUUCAAAGCGAUUUCCGGGGAUUCAUCCACGACUGUUAACCCUUCAAGUUAAUUUUCAGAUUCCAUUCUAUCGUGAUUACCUUAUGGCGCAUGGCUGUGCAAGCGUAUCGAAGGCAUCAUGCGAGCAUGUGCUAAACUCAGGCCCAGGUAACUCCAUUGCCAUUGUGAUUGGAGGAGCCCAAGAAAGCUUGGCAUGUAAGCCAGGCACACUCGACUUGACACUCAAGAAACGUCUGGGCUUUAUCAAACUGGCCCUCGUGAAUGGUGCUAGUUUGGUACCGACAGUAGCCUUUGGAGAAAACGAUCUCUACGAGGUCUUCAGUGCCAAGGACGACAGCAAGACAUAUCAAGUGCAGCAGCUUGUUAAACGCUUAUGCGGAUUUACAUUACCCAUGUUCAAUGGAAGAGGCAUUUUUCAAUAUGCAGUCGGGAUAUUGCCUCGCCGGAAACCAGUGUAUAUCGUGGUUGGGAAACCCAUUCAUGUACAAAAAGUUGAAGGUAGUCCAUCGACAGAACAGUUGCAAGAACUUCAGAAAAAGUACAUCGAUGAGGUUUUAUCCAUUUGGGACCGUUACAAGGAUAGAUAUGCUGCUGGACGUAAACAGGAGCUCAGAAUCAUCUCAUAAUCACCAUCAUCAUCAUAAUAGUAAUAAACAUCAUCCAUAAUCUUUUUUCAUGC